CCCUCCAUCCUCCCCCCUCCCCGCAUCCCUCCCUCCUGCAUCCUUCCCUCCUGCAUCCUUCCCUCCCGCAUCCCUCCCUCCUGCAUCCCUCCCUCCUGCAUCCUUCCCUCCUCCCUCCAUCCCUCCCUCCUUCCCUCCCUCUGCCUGCGCAGAGCCGCGGACAUGGCGCUCAGCAAUUUCCUCUUCGCUCAGUGCAUCUGCUAUUUCCUGGCCUUCCUCUUCAGCUUCAUCGUGGUGGUGCCGCUCUCCGAGAAUGGCAACGACUUCCACGGCCGGUGCCUGCUCUUCACCGAAGGCAUGUGGCUCAACGCCAACCUGACAGUGGAGAGGCAGCGCUUCACUGUGCAGGAGUGGGGGCCUGAGGCUGCCUGCCGCUUCAGCAUCUUCACCGGGCUCCUCUCCCUGCUGCUGGCCACAGUGCAGGCCUGGAGGACCCUCUUCUUCCUCUGCAAAGGGCACGAGGACUCUUUCUUUUAUGCCUUCCUGAAUCUGCUGAUCAGCGCCUUUGUGGUGUUUAUCACAUUUAUUGCUAGCACUAUAGUGAGUGUAGGAUUUAACAUGUGGUGUGAUGCAAUUACCGAAAAAGGAAGCAUGCCAAAUAGCUGUGAAGAAUUACAGGAUAUAGAUCUUGAACUGAACUUAGAAAACUCUGCUUUCUACGACCAGUUUGCUAUUGCACAGUUUGGUCUCUGGGCUGCCUGGCUGACUUGGCUGGGAAUUACCAUUCUGGCUUUCCUGAAGGUUUAUCACAACUACAGACAGGAGGACCUGCUAGAUAGCCUGAUCCAUGAGAAGGAGCUGUUGCUAGGAAGAUCCUCUUCACGAACCUCUUUGCAAGAUGAGAAAAGUGGCAUGAUCUAAAGUGUAAGCAAAUUUCCAGGGCAGGAUCUAGAUUUUAUUAUUCAGUAGUGUGAGCUGAAGUUGAAUCAGGGUACUGAGUGUGUGAGAUCUUUUCUUUCCUGAAAAGAGAUGUACUUGCAAAUCACCCACUUCCUCCAUGAGAAAUUGUUGGCAGAAAUACUUACAUUAGGCUACAGAGAAUGAAUGGCCCCAUAUGCCAUUGGCACAGCAAACUUUCUGUCCUGCACAGGCACAAUCUGUAACCUGCUCUUGCUAGUAGAGCGCCUACGUGCCAUCACUGGCUUUCGGGACAGGGGCCAUUUUUGAGGACUGAGCUGGCAAGACCAGGCUACAGAGUCCAGGCUAUUCCUUCAAACUGUUCUCCAACAACAGUUGUAACUGGGACUGUGUCCAGUCCCUCUUCUCUCCCUCUCCUCCCUUUUACCAGUAAAGCUGUCCCAGUUCUCACUUUAUUCUGGGUAAUUGCAGCUCUGGGCCAGGUACAGACUCUCACUGUCUCUGCUUUUGCUAUGUAUGGAUGCUGUGCUGACAAACCUGUUUCUUCUGCUCUGAUUUUGAGUUUAUUUAGAACAUAGAGACCUGUGUUCCAGACUUGAUAUUUAAUAUUGGACAGUGUUAAUGAACUUAAUGAAACCACUAUAUUAUUACAGUAUCUGUCAAAAACUGUGUAUCAUUUGGAAAGAUGGUGGAGAAUUUUUGUGGUUUUGUUUCUUCUUAUAUUUUGGCAUGACCAACAUUUAUUAUGACUCCUGAAGUGUAGUGUAGCUAGCAAUUGCUGAUGCUUGCAUACUAAGAAAUUAGGCUGAAUAGAUAGUAUUAAUGCUUGUGCAUUUAUAAAUAUAACUUGGUCCCUACCAUUGUAUACUAUUCGGUUUUGAGUAUUAGAAUUUACUUGUGAUAUUUAUUUCAUAUAGAGUAUGCAAAAUUACUGUAAACUUUUGCGUUGUAGGUAUCUCUAUAUAUCUAUAAACAUAGCAAGGAGCUUUAACAGCUGAGUUAUUUUAUAGGUACUUCAGUGUUGAAUGGGUCUGUUCUCCCCACUCAUGGACAGGAGUUGCAGGGCUGAUGAAUUUUGCUGCGAAAAGGGAGAAGAACUGUUAUUUUCACAAAGCUUACUAGUGACUGUUGUUGCUUUCAGUUUUGCUUGGCCAGUGCUUCAGCAAAUAAGGUGGAUGGUUGAGACGAGAAGUAGAUCUGAUAAUAAACAAGAGUCACUCAGAUGAGUGUGGGAUUUGCAUGACAGAGAAGUGAAGUUGUGCUAGAAUUAGACAGUUAUCCCCAGGUACACAUUAUGCAGAAGAACCCCGAUUCAGCAGAAAACUUAAGCAAGCAGUUAAGUUUAGGCUGAAGAAGAUGUUUUGAGAGUACACUGACACUGCCUGUGGCAGCUGUGUUUGAGUUGAGACUGAAUUUAUUGCAACAUGAGUGCAAACCAUGCACAACUAUAUUGCCUGGUAAAUAGGAAGGAGGGGAGAGAAGAGCUCAAGCCUGGGGCUAGCACCAUGCAGAUUUACUGUUGUCUUCUGGGGACUAUCUGAUGCUUAAAGUUAAGUACUGGCUUAAGCAUUUGGUUGAAACAGAAUUUGAAGUCAUAACAAAUCCCUGAAUUAGUAAGUGUUUUAGGGCAUAAAAUCUAACAUUACAUUUAAUAGCCAAAUUGUUCUCACAGGUUUAGGGAAAAAACCCUCCAUGGGCUCUAAGCAGUGAGCCAGCCCUGUGAACAUCACUUAUAGCCCCAGCUGGCCACAGCUAUCUGUAGAGAGGUCUUGUUUUUUGGCACCAUUUCUGCCCACAAGGGAACGCAAUUCCUUUGAAAGCUUUACAGUGGUAGCUUUUUUGUGGUUGUGAAUUGACAUUAGUUAAUACCAAGGGAACUUGUUAAUUAGUUAAGCUAGUUAAUACCAGUUUAAAAUUCAGAGAUCAGGACUGUUGGAGUGCCUUUUUUUUAUUCAUUUGGUCUAAUAAGAGGUACACUCUUGCAGGUACCUAAGCCCUUUGCCAGGGCAUGAGCUUCCCCUUCAUACCCUAAAGAAGAGCCCGUGUCCUGAAAGUUAGCCUGUUUCAUAUGUUUCCCCAGUUGUUUCUCUAACUGUAAAAGACACUACUUCUCCUUCCAGUCUCACUUUGUAUUUAAGAUUCAGCAGUGAUGUCUCUUCUCACAAAUUACUUCAGUGCAUACCUUACUCCUCACAUGGAACCGUGCUGCUGCUUUGUAUAAUAUAUUUUAUGUAUGUGCCAAAUCAGGCUUAGGCUGAAGUAACAUGUGGGUUGGGACCACUGUUCCUGGUCUUGCCUGGGGGUUUGAAGAACCAGGAGGCAGAAGAUAGCAAGUGUCUCCUCCUCAUCCUUGCUCUGAGCUAUGAGGGCUCAAGCCUUGUCUCUGGUUCUGAGAUGGAAGAAGAAGAUGCUACUCAUUGGUGAGGUUGUCCAGAGCUCAUGCUCUCUUCUACCUCUCUUUCUCCUGUCUUGGGGUCUUUUCCUCCUUUCCACUUCCAUGAGAAGCAGCAAACUCUGGUCCUGGGGUUUCUACUCUUGUUGACUUUUGUGGUUAGCAUUUUUGCCAGCAUUUGUCACCCUGACACUAUCUUCAUUGUACUGCAGCUCAAUAGACAAAAAGUGGGAUCUUUAAAGCACCUGAUGCAACCAGGAUCCCACCUUGAAGUAAAAGUCAAUAGCAACAAAAUACUUUGCUUCAGCCUUUGGAAAGUCCAGCCCAACACAUGUACGUGUACAGACUCACUGUUAACUUUGGCAUCAAAGCUUAGCAUGUCUAAUUCAUUUACCUGUGUGAAUUCUUCUAACCCCAGUUGCAUUACAGUGCCCAUGAACACAAGCAUCUUGGCUGUUGGAGUUGGCAUGUAAACUGAAAGGAGGCUGAGGCUCUUCUUCGAGUCCCACAUGCAUCCCAGUCUGUUUUCCCCUUCUUCCCUCACUUGACUAGGUAGGCUGAGUCUGGCACCCAGCUUGCACGCACCAGUGAUGCUUAAAAGCAAAGCUAGUUUUGAGGGAAGCCCCUGCGCAGGUGAGAAGGCAGAGUGUGUAGUGAGAAGCUCUCUGGCUGACUCAAGGGGAGGAAGGGUAUCAUGCAACUCCCAGUUAUUGGACCCACUUGGGCUUUUUUGUUUGCAUUCAGCUUUCUGCAACCUCUUCUCCUAAAGCUUGGACACUCAGGCCAACCUAGUGAUGCCAGGCUGAAAAUGUGUUAGAAUAGCAGUAUUAUUUAUACACACAUAUAUACAUAUCUAUGCUCUCUCUCACACACCUCUCUCUUGUACAUUUAUGACCUCUGCUUUUAGUCAUCCAUUGCCAACCAGCGCAGAGUGUGGCUGCAGUAGGAGUUUCUCCGAGUCAAAUGUUGCAUUUCUGUGAUAUUUCAAUGCCUUCUUUAAUUUGACACCUCCAAAAGCAGGCCUCUGAGAACACUCUAGCAAGAGGUGUAUUCAAAGAACUAGAACCCUGUGUGGUAUUUAUACUUGUAUUUAUUUAUUGUCACAUGGUGGAAGGGGAAAAAGCUUUGUGGCCCUUGCCCAUGCAGGCCCUCCCGCUGCUGCCCAUCGCAAAGCUGUGAGCCAUUCUGGUGGAGAAUGGGGGAUGCAGUUGUUUAGUCACUGUGUUCUCUCUGAUGCUAAAACCACAGUCAAAAGGUCUUUUUUUUGACCUGUGAAAAUUGCUAGUAACACAAGGAGAGCCUUACUUGGUUGGAUGCAACUGGAUGCUUUCUGAGGCACCGGGGUGUUGCCACACAAUUAUUCUGUUAUAUCGAAUAUAUUCCCCACGUACUGCCUACCAACUGUGGUUAAUUUUCCUGCCAAUUCCCUGCCGGCAAUCUACAUUGGGUUAGAAAAAUCUGAGCUAACAAGUGUCAUCUGAGCUUUUCAAUCGAUGCUAUUUAUUAUUAUUUUUAUAAUGGAGAAACAAUUGAAGCCAUUUUUUGGAAUGAGGACACAAAUGCACGUAACUUCUUAUCAUGCUAAUUCAGGAGGCAUCUUUCAGCUGUGAACUUUCAAUAGGAAUCACAAAAAUAAGAGCAUAAUGAUUACUUUAAAAACUGAAGGACACAUGCAUGCUAUGGCAAUGUUUCUAUGGUCCCUUAGAAAACUGGUUGUUAUAAUAACCAGUGAUGGAUGCCUGAGUAUCUGGACCUUGUCAUGAAAGCAUUCAGUGUCAGGGAGGUGGUGUAUGUGUGUAUGUAUAAUGUGCACAGAUAUAUGCCAGAAAUAAUUCCACUGCUCUUCUGUGAUAUGGAUAUAGGCUCUUCUCUUAACAGCCAGCUUAGGUCGGAGUAGCUGUUAUGUUGCCUUAACUUUCUACACUGCCUUUUUCUUACUUAGUAUUAAGAUCUGUGCAAUGACACAUCGGUUAUGAUACCCAGAGGUGGAUGUGGAUGUGAUGUAAGUGGAGUAGGAAAGCACUGGCCAGUGCACAGCCUCCGAAGGGCUGAGAUGGGUUUCUAAUGCGAGUUUGCAAAUGUUUUAAUUCCUCCUCUAUCUCUGGGUAAUACUCUGAUGUUAACCUGUAUUAGUCCUGAGAGUCACAUUUCCCUUCAAGGCCUUCUCUCAGCAACAUGAAACACUGUUGAUUUAACCUAUGUAGUAUUCAGGAUGGAAGCAAGGCUGCAAGGAACAGGAGCACACACUUUACAGUUAUAUUGCAUGAGCAAGGGAUACUUUUCCCCUGAUUCAGGAAUUCUGCACCAUGGACUCCUAAAUGACAAAUGACCUUGGCAUGAACAUGGUGCUGUUAUUAAUUCAUUUAAAAUACAGACUUGCAGGUGACAAACAACAUAUUUUGAUAGGAGUGUCAAUCCUUUGGUUGCCAAACCAUACUCUUCUGCAACACAGUACAAUAUUCUGGCUCAAAACAGCCAGCAUGUCUUUUUGUAAACAGUCAUUUAUUUGCUCUUAGAAAAGAUAAGGUGACAAAGGGGAAAAAAGAUCUAUUUAUAAUACAGUUAUUUAGUAGCAGGAGUUUAGAUGGGAGAAUUAAUUUGAAAACUUAUUGUCUUAAUGGUUGAAGAAACUCAAGCAGAUCUUUGGUGUAGCAAGUUAGUGUGUAGUUCCUGAGGGACAGAAGGGCCAAGCUGAUUUAUGGUGUCUGAGGAUCUAACCAAUCUAACCCUCUGUAUUUAAUGUAACCUGAAAACUCACCUUGAGAAAACAUGUGCACUUGCCCUGUUUCUUCUAAAUCCCCAACGUAAACUGCAGGUCAGAAUGCCCUAGGCUGUGUUAUUCGCUGAAACGGAAGGCUAGACUGGACAAACAGAUUCCUGGCUGGAGGGCUUUGGGGUUUCUAAGUGCAAUGGCUGUUGCAUGUGAAAUGCAUGACUGGUUGAGAGAGGACACUCAGGAUUCCCCUGGACACCUGAAGGCUCUCAUCAGUGGGAUACGAAGCCAUGCUUCACCUUCAUUUGUCAUCCAGAAUCUUUUAGCCUUUGUUGCAUAUCGGUCCAAUGUCAAUUGUUAGUACUUCAGGCAGCUUAGCCCUUCGGUUGAUGGUUGGAAACCAUCUUCUGAGAAAGAGGGGCUGUGCAUAGGAGUCUCUUCAGGCUGAUCUGGGUGCAGACCGUGGAGUCCCCUUGCUAGGGAAGCGUGAGCCACAGGCCAUUGUAUAGGCUUUAUGCAGGAAACAGGGUUUCUGCACAACCUCAAAUCACACAUCGAUCUACGUGAUCGGUCUCAGAAAAUGCAAUAUCAAAUGUCCAAAUUCAGAAUGGAUGCCAGCUGCGAAAUAUUCAGAGCAAGAAAGUACAUAAAACCUGGUGUUUGGGUGAAUGUGGCUUUUAUCACCUCCCUUGCCCAAAGACCCCCACCUCAAACAUAUUGCAUGUAAAAUCACUUUUACUAUUUAAAUGUUAACUUUAACAAAAGUCCAGACAGUCAUUCAUACUGGCAAGACUAACAGUAUUUUGUGACAAACCGAUCUGGAUUUUGACAAAACUUUUGUCUUUUCUUCUAAAUCAAUGGCCUGGGUGUGAACAUCCGUGAGCUAAUGGGAAUCCUGUCUGUAUCCAGAUCCUAAAUUUGUACCUCAGACCAUUUCCUUUGCUGAUGGAAAUAGCCCAUUUUUAUCUCAUUGGAAUGUUUGCUUUGGAGACCACAAAUGUCCUUUCCUCGUGCUUAGGCAAUCUGGGAAGAGAGGCGGGUUUUGCCUGGCUAGUUUCCACACCUGCAUGCAGUGAGAAAAUGCUCAUAUAGCUUCAUUAAAUUGUUUUCAAAUUAUUUCUGUUCAUGGUCCUAACGCCUUGAAGUCUAUGUUUCUAUUUUUGUCCUCCAUAAGAAAGAGGAAAACUAACCUGAGCUGUAUUUUAGUAUUCACAGAUACACACCGAAAAGUUUUUAAAAUGUUUUUGAAAUUACAAAAUUCCACUCAAUAAUUUAUGAACCUAACAGCUGCAUAGAAGACAGCACUUUGAUGUACUCCUGACGUAGAAGGGAAAAACACAACUACACUCUCUCAGAAAACUUAACAUUUGUUUCUGAGACAUUAGACGGCAAUUUACUUAGUAUAUAACAAGUACUGCUUAUUUCAGUGCAGGCAUGUACUUGACAGUGUCUUUCCAUUCGGUUGUUGGGAAGAGUAUUUACAGAGCAAUGCUUUCUCUUCAGUUUGUCCAUGCCAAAGAGUGUAAUUGAACUGCUAUUGCAAACAUAGAUUAAUGUGAAUGUAUUCACCUGAGUGCUUAAACUUUUCUACCUCUCAUAGCUACUGUGACUGCUGUAACUGUUAUUGCACACAAUACUCAAAAGAAUUGAAUCCACAUGAGAGUCUAAAUCCUGUUUUCAUAGAUAGAUAAAGGAUUUAAUGCUUAUUAGUGUCCUGUCAGAUCCUCAUUCCUAAAAAAAUGGGCACAGGUACCCAAGAAGGGCUGUGUGAAUAGCCCUUUUGAUUGGUCAAAUAAUGAUUUUGUUUUGCUUUGUUUUAAUAUUUUUUUUUCUCACCAAAACAAAAAGCCAGCAACUGUGAUUUGUUAGGCAUGGAAGGUCAUAUGUUACCUGACAAGUUGCAUUUCAUAGGGGUGGCAGAAAGCGAUGAGCUACUUGUUAAAAUGCCUGUAUGGUCCUUCCCGAGCCCUCCCCACUGGCAGGUAACUGCAAGGCACAGGUUUAAUCUCCUCCUCUGCCUUGGGGGACACAAGCCUCCGACAUGGCAAAUGCUGCUACCAUGGUGCUGUCCUGGAUCCCCCUCAAAUCCUCCUGCUGGAGCUCUUCUACUUGGCUUGAAAUUCCUAAAUAACAAUGUUUUAGCUUUGUGGUUCUGGUGUUUAUCAGGGAGAUAAAGUACUUGGCAGCAAGGGCUGCUCACUGAAAUAGCUUGAAUUAUUUGUAUAUGGCGGAAACCCAAUUUGAGAAGUUUUUGUUCCCCCUUUCUGCUUGACUAUGUUGUAAAGUGAAGGUUGAGACAACCUGCCAGGAGGUGGGAAUGAAGAUUCAUUGUUACUGUUGACGUCUUGGAUGAUUUCUCACACAAGUGAGUAAACAGUCCUGUGACAAAACUACUCUUUAUCUCCUCCUUACUUUCCCCUCAUUUUGAUUUGGGCAAGUUUGACUCCAGUUUGUAUACAGGUUCUGAAGAGUAUUUAUGAAUGUGAGAAAAAUUGCAGCUUCUAUGACAAACUUUACCUUUUGUCAAAAAAUAAGAAAAAGUGUCGCAGAUUUUCCCUGUUCUCACUUGGGGUCUCUGGGGUAUGAUGUCAAACCCUUCCCUUGACAUAAGCCAGGCCUGAUUCGGGUGACAUGUUGCUCUAGGAGGUUCCCAAGGUUGGUGCCAGCAGUCCCUUGAGGAACCUGGUGGAGUUAGAUGAAUGCUGUGUUAAACAAUAGCUUUUAAGGCAAGGAAAUGUUUGAAAAUCACCCGUCAUGGUAUCCCACAUAACACAGUCCAGAGCUCUUCACCCCCUCACUCCUGCAGCAGAAGGAAAUAUUUUUCCCUGUUAACAAGGCGAAGUCCAAUAAUUUGUGUCUGAAAUACAGCACAUCUUCCUGCAGCACACUGGAUCUUGAAUGCAUCAGUUAACCCAUUCCACUUUCUAGGCUGCUGCAACAGUUUUAACUGUCAUUGUUAAACAGCGUUCAACAUUUGACUUCAAAAGGUGCUAACAGUCUCCUUAUUAAACCACAGUCUCCUGGAGUUGCAAUCAGUCCUUUUGCUAAAUGAUGCUGAGAAGCUCUGUGCUGAACAGCAUCCUCCCAGGAGGAGGACCACUGCAUUGGGGUCCACAGCUAAUACAGGCUGAUGGUAUCAGAGCAAUUCUGGUCAAAUACUCUCUGAAUAAAACUAUUGCUGUUUUUCAGCCCAAGCUACACAAUUGAGAAAUCAAUAUACUGUGAUGUGAAGUACACUUCUGAGAGGUUUUUGAAGGUUUAUGAACAAAACAAAACAACAACAAAAAACCCCAACAGUUCCACUGACAUCUCCUUCCCCUGGAUCCUUUCAUCUUCAGAAACAUUCCUGCAAACUUCAUGGAGGGUUUUAUUGCCAUCAAGCUGAUGAUCAGGCCUUAUUUCGCACAUCUCUUCCUAGUGGGCAUGGGGACUGACGAGGGGGACAGGAGAGUGCCAUAAAUCAGAACAGAAAUAGGUAGUGAGGAGAACUGUUAGUGCAUUACCUGUGAGAGAUUUCGGCUUUCAGACUGUGAUGUGAGGGAUCCAGCAUGGCAGUGCCUGUGCUGGCAGCGCUGACACCAAUUUCAGCCUUUGCUUGGCCCCCUCAGCCACUGCCUGCUCAUGUGGCUUCACAAACUGCCGAGCAUCUCCUUGAAGCAUGUGUUGGCCUAAACUCAGCUUCUGGAGAGGGCCACCUGUGACAGCUGUGCAGAUAUCUAGUGGAAAGGUGCUGGCAUCGCUGCCAGAUUUGGCAAGGUUGCUUUGGAAACCUUCUUCCCAUGUUGGCAGAUCCAGAUACCCUACAGCUGGCCCUUUGCCCUGUGCAGCUCGUGGUUGUAUGGGGGAGGAAAGACUGUUCCCAAACCUCUGUAGACUUGCCAUUUUUGAAAGUAGCUCAUUAACACCCAUGGCUUUAGAAGAUUUGGGUUUUUUGUGUGGUACCACCUGCAAAGAUCUGAAGCAGAUCUUUCUUGCUUAUAAGUCAGCGCAGAGCCUGAAAGUGUUACAGCCUCUCUGAAAUGUAUGUCCUAUGACUUAUGUAUUCAUGAGCCACUGCCCCUUCUUAUAGCCACGUGGGAAAAGCUUUUAAGAAUCUAGAUUAACUAUUGUGUUAUGCUGCUAAAGAGGUCCCCACGUAAUGGGUAUUUGGGGAUGAAACUGAACACUUUUUCAUAAUUUAACUGUUGAAAGCUGUAGAGGGGCAGAUCCUUCACUGGUGUAUAUAGCUUAGCUUUGUGAGCCGUGCUGGAGCCCACACCAGUCCACACAAGCUAAGAAAGGAGCCUGGUCUGUUUUGAACAUUCUCUCUCUCGAUUUUUAUGGUCUUUUGCAGUGUAAUGACUGCUGAUUUGGAGUUUUAAUUGCAUGCAUUUGACAGAAACAGAAUUGGAGUGAGGUUUAUUAUUGUUUUGAUACAGUCUUAAAAGGAAAGCUUUUUACUAGCAUUUUAAUAUAGCCCUUUGUAAACACCUAGCAAAUAAAAAUUGAGUCCAGCCCUUCUGCUAAUGGAGUCAAUGACAAAGUUUCCUUUGGCUUUAGUAGAAGCUGGACUGGGUUCAGUAUAAGUGAUACACUCUAUCGUUACUGACAAUGAGUUACUCUGUUUUAUAUAUUGAUGCUUUUUGCUGGACAGUGCAUUGGCUUUUUAUGAUUUGGUGAUAUAUACAAAUAAAUUAUUUGAAAAGUCA